AUGGAGGACGCUGAACAGGAAGAACCAGACAGCGAAAACGUCCGAGGGGCAGACCCCCCAGUGACACCCCACGGAGUGGGAGAUAUCCAGGGGGGGCAAGAGAGGAAGGUGUGCCAGUUGAUCAGCCCAGAGGAAGGUGAACAGAAGGAAAUGCUUCCCCCCUCAAGUGAACCGCCGCUCGUAGGUGAAACCACCCCGAAUGGGCCAGCCGGUGACCCGCCAGAUGACCCGCACGAAGGAAACGAAGACGACGACAAUAACAAGUGCAACGCCUGCAACUUCUGCGAAGACGUGUGCUUCUCCAUCCUCUGCGCAAGGUGCAAAAUAAAGAGAAAAAAUCUCUACGCAAAAUACAAAAAAUAUAAAAAACACAACUUAAGGAUAUGCCGAAAAGAAUUUGAGCUCGUGCUCAAGUUGAACAUGAAGGCGCGGGCGGAGAUACUGGCGGGGAGUCUCCCGGAUGGGGAGAGCAAGGGGCGGCGCCAAGUGCUGGAAACGGUACAGGCAGUGGAAGGACAAGACAACACGCCACAACCCGCGCAGGAAGAACAGAGCAACCCCAACGGCCAGGGAGACGAAAAGGAAACACCCAAAGGGAGAAACCAGUACGACACGCUAAAGGACGCCAUCAGGAAGAGCAAAAGUCUCCCCUACUGCGAGUGCGAAAGGGAAGAAAAAAAAAUUCAAUACGAUAAUUAUAUCAAGUAUAAACAGUAUUUUACCAAAUGUGAAGUUAAAAGACACUGCGAUAUGAAUGACUGCUGGGUGAUGGCCAAUGGGUACGUAUACGACGUGACAACGAUCCUGAGCUAUCACCCAGGUGGGAUUAAUUGCAUUUUAAAAAAAGCAGGUGAUGAUGUCUCUGUGGAUUAUUCUUUCCAUUCCAAGUAUGCACAGGAGAAUUUUUGGGAACCUCUAAAAAUUGGCAAAGUUAUAACCUGCUCGAAGGAAAUUAACGACUUGCCUAUGGAAAGUCUCUCUUCCAAUACGAAAAACAAAUGCAUGAUGAUGUGA